GCCAUAACUCCUCAUUCCAACACUUACUUCCAUUGCCGCAAAUAAUGUUCAAAGACCCCAAACAAUGAUGAUGAUCGGAGAACUCUCUCAUCACCGUUCGAAUCCCACCGUUCAAAUCCCUCAGUGGGACCCAUACGAAGAGCAAACAACGACGUCUCCCUCGCUGUCCCCAAUCCCGACUUCUCCAUUUACCAACUUCAACGCCCUCGAUUCCCUAACGUCUCUCCACCGUUACCUUCCGUCAAACGAGCCAGACCCUUCUUUUGAAGACGAACUAGAUUUACCAGUGGACGCGUUCUCAUGCGAUCACUUCCGUAUGUACGAGUUCAAAGUGAAAAGGUGUGCACGUGGCCGGUCACAUGACUGGACUGAGUGUCCGUAUGCGCAUCCUGGAGAGAAAGCGCGGCGCAGGGACCCAAGAAGGUAUCAUUACUCUGGAACGGCCUGCCCGGAGUUUCGGAAAGGUGGCUGUAAGAAAGGCGAUGCUUGUGAGUUUGCUCACGGUGUCUUUGAGUGCUGGCUCCAUCCGGCCCGUUACCGCACUCAGCCGUGUAAGGAUGGACCUGCUUGUCGCCGCAGGGUUUGCUUUUUCGCUCACACUCCGGAACAGCUCAGACUCCUUCCUCAGCAGAGUCCUAAGGGAAAUGGAUCCGGGUCUGGACUCGGGUCGGGGGAAUAUGAUUUUGGGUCCCCGGUUAUACAUCCGUUUGACUCCUAUAUGACUAAAGCUGGGAUUUUUGUUUCAUCUCCGACUUCGAUUUUGACUUCACCGCCAGUUUCUCCACCAUCUGACUCGCCACCAAUGUCUCCAGUUAGUCCACAGGUGAUUGGCGGCUCUGGACCCGGAUCCUUAAAUUCCAUGAGUGCGCUUCUUGCUUCGAUGCGGGGACUGCAGGUUGGGAAGGCGAAAAUGGGAUCUCCUGUUGGUUCCUGGGGAGUCCAAUCCGGACUUAGAUUCGGGUCCCCGCGUGGGUCGUCACUGCGACCCGGUUUCUGUAGCCUGCCUUCAACUCCUACAAGAACAAUGGCAAGUCGGUCCGGACUUGGUCAGUUGGAUAUCUGGGGCGAUGGGGUCACUUGUGAGGAAGAGCCUGCAAUGGAGCGGGUGGAGUCUGGGAGAGAUUUGAGGGCAAAGAUAUAUGCCAAGCUUAGUAAAGAGAACUCGGUGGACCGUGAUCGAGUUGACUCGGGUGUUUCGGGUCCAGAUGUUGGGUGGGUUUCUGAGCUGGUAAAGUGAAAUUAAGGGAGGAUGAAGUUUCCGAUUUUUUUGAUUAUUCUGACUUUUGUGAAUAUGAAGAUGGUGAUUUGGUGUGUAAAUAUGAUGCUGUAGAGGGGCCGAGAGAGAUACCAAUAGUCUCUCCGUUUUUGUGGCAUUUUGGGAGGAGAAAAAAAAAGAUGCAAGCCUUUUCUUGUAAAGCAAUAAAUGAAGUAUUUCUUAGGGUUCUGCCGGAGAAUGGGUGGUGGUUUGUUCAUCAAACUUGUUAAAGAUUUGUACUUUGAAUGAUCAUUUUGUCUAAUUUUAUCGGAUAUAAUUACAUCUUUGUAAGUUACCUUAUGUUUAUUAUUCUAAUCAAUGUAAUGUUAUAUUUCAAGUUGAA